UGCGACGGUGCUUAUGAACGCACUGAGCAGACGUGAACGGCACGUCAGGAUGCUACUCUCGGCUGCAUGUAGGCAGGGAAUACGAACUGCUUUGCGAACCUGUAAACAGUGUUUUAGCCUCAGCUCAUCAAGAUAUGGCGAUUGGCUAACGUUCGCCAAGCCUUUCAGCGAAGUUCCCAGAAUUCUUUCUCUGCCAAUCGUGGGAAGUUCCUGGAUAUAUUUUCCCAUUGUUGGUAGAUACAAUAUACGGAAGCAGAAUGAAGCGGCCUGGGACAUGUACCAGCGGUACGGCCCUGUCGUAGGAGAACAACUCCCUGGAAGGCGAGUCCUGGUGCACCUUUUCAACGCUGAUGACAUUAGAACCUUGUACCAAGAGGAGGGACGGAAGCCUUAUCGAAUGGGAGCACUUCCCUUCAAGCUCUACCACAUGGAGAGAAAGGAGUACUUUGCUAACGCUGGCAUUCUCAAUGCACAAAAAGAAGAAUGGCACCUGAUAAGGUCAGCGGUUCAGCCAUGCACCUUUAGACCUCGGACUAUUCAGCUUUACGCUGAAGCGAUGGGACAUAUUGCCGAAGAUGCCGUGGAACUAAUCGCCAGGGACCGCGAUGAAAAUGGAGACGUAUCAGAUUGCUACAAAAUCAUGCAGAGAUGGGCAUUGGAGUCCGUCAUGUUUGUCUCGAUGGACAGGAGACUGGGUCUGCUCGUUAAUCCUUUGCCACCUCAAUCAGACGCAGCUGGCAUAUUGAAUGGAAUUUUUACACUAUUUUCUUGCAUGGAUGAACUCGUGACAAGAUUUCCUUACUACCGCUAUUUUACUACACCCACCAUCAGGAGGUUCCAACAAGCCGGCGAUUACCUAGUCUCGCGCAUGUUCCACAUGCUGAAGGAAGCUGCAGAAGAGGACGAAUCAAAGCACGAUAGCAGUCAGAACUGCACAAUCCUCCGGCACCUCUACAAUCAGCAGAAAAUGGACUUCAAGGAAAUGUUUACUUUCCUCCACGAUUUUGUUGUCGGCGGAACGGAUACUACGUCCGGUGCGGCCACCUACACUUUAUAUCGAUUAGCAAUGAACCUAGAAGCCCAAGAGAAAGCACGGCAAGAAGUUCUCGCUGCCACAAAGGACUGCCCUGGGACGUUCCCUGCACAUAUUCAUGAUCAACUACAUUACGUCAGAGCCUGCAUCAAAGAAGCACUGAGGUUUCACCCCAUCGUACCAGGAGUGAACAGGAAAAUCAACCAUGAUGUCGUAAUGUCAGGUUACCUCAUACCCGCUAAUACGGUAUUACGCACUGAGCCAUUUGUAGCUGGAAGACUCGAGGAGAACUUUACUCGGGCGUCCGAAUUCCUGCCUGAAAGGUGGCUACGGUCGAGCGACGACAACUCGCAGAAGACAAGUGAUGGCUCUUGGCAGCUACACCCAUUCGCCUCUCUCCCGUUCAGCAUUGGACCGAGAAUGUGCAUAGGCAGGAGAGUCGCUGAGAUGGAGAUCACCAUUCUUGUCGCCCAGGUACUCAAGCGUUACCGAGUGGAAAAUCACCAUGGUGACAUCGGAUUUCUUACGCAAUUCACCGCUAAACCCGAAAGACCAGCGAGGUUCCGCUUUGUCGAACUGUAAAACACCGUGUGAAACACCGUCACCUAAGCUUUUUAAUUGAAAAGUUUAGCCUUGAGGGCUUCAGAUUCAUGAGAGUGAUUACAGAAUACACCAAACAAGUAAAUGCACGUGAAACAUACGCAUAGCCAGGGAACAUUAUUAGGGUUUUCAGAUAUAAACUUAAUAUUCCUGCCUAAUACGUGCAUAGAAACUUCUGUUGGGUGCUUUUGAUUUUGCAUUAGAUAAGUACACAUUCUCAGCGGCUGAAACGUUGGAAUCUUUGAACUCUAAAAAACUUUCUGCUGAUAAAACAGAAAGUUAUUGCUUUUGCUGUUGGGGCGUCAUUGCCUACAAUAAGCCAUUUUUUCUGCGUUAAAGAGACACAUAAAGGCAAAUGGCCAUUUAUGUCAGAGUGAAAGUUAAAUGUAUGACAAAGUUCGAAACGAUCAUAUUAUCAACAGCAGUGCCUUACUUGCCAAAAACUUAAGCUAAAUGUAUGAUAUAGGGUAUGCCACGAGUGGAACAUUAUUGAAAUGAUCACGAAGAGAUGAUAGUGUCCGACUACAAUUAAUCGCUAGUAGUCAAACUUGAUACAAUUACACAAAUACUUUUUCGCGCAUCAAGAGGCUUAAUAAACAG